AUGGAAUUACAACAUCGUUCUGUCACUAUUCAAUCAGUUCAAAAAGUGACUGAAGUAAUUAUUGCAAAUCCUGGGGCUGCAAAGUCGUACCCAAAAGGUAAAAAUGAACCUUCACCUUUGGAUAAACUCUGGAAUUUGGUCAAAUCGCCAUUUGGAAUAAUAUCUUCAAAUGCUAUUAACAACUUGGUUGACCUUGUUCAAAAGGGAAUUGUUGAUUGGGUUGAUGCUUUUAAUGGGUUAACGGAUGCACUAUUUUUACUCUCAGGAAAUUCCCUUGAUAAUGCUAUAAUAGGUAUAGCCGAUAUAUUAUCAAACCAAGCGUACAUAGGUGAAUAUCACUUUGGUCAUGGAAGGCAUCCUUUUAUCAUUGCGACGGCAGUUAAGCCUGAACAGACAUGUACCAUCUUACUUUCUCAAUUUGAAAAGAUUUUUGACAUUUCCAAAAUAAAAUAUGUUGAUGACGUUCCCCCCAAAAAAUCAGUGUAUAUGGAAAAUUUAUUGAGUAUGAUGAAACCAUAUUUUGAUCAUGUUUUAUUAGAUGAAAUGAAAGGAAAUAUUGAAUUUCGGAAGUAUUGGUCUUCAGUAUUGAUGCACUUCUUAAUUCGUCUGAUAUAUAAAGAUGUCGAAGAUGAGUUUUAUUGGACUUUUAAAGAACAUUUGUUAGAGUAUUUACUCUCUGUUGUUCAAAGAAAACAAUUGUCACCUAUUUUUACUACCACCACGAACAAUUAUAUUGCCUCCAAUUCUAUAUACGUUCUCAUGCAAUCUAUUGUUCAAGUUGUUGGA